ACAUCUUCAACGUAACAAGUCUGCUUACAAUGUCUUCACUUCACGUUAGCAAAAUCAGUCUCACGUCAUUUCACAAAGUCCUUGCUUGUUACCCCACAACAGCUCCAGAAAAGCUGCGCGACCUAGACGCGCAUCGCUACGAUGUCAUUCCAUCGGCCGUGGCCAGCAGGAAUGGAAGCAACAAACAUCUCACGAAACCAGAGGUGGAGAAGCUUGUAGAAUGGAAACUAAAACAUGGCACAUUCCGACCUGCACUACUGGGACUCGUGCAAAGCAAUACUUCACAAGCAGUCGAAGAGGCUACACAUAAAGCUUUUGCAGCAGUUUCGGAUGAUAAGUGCUCGCAAUCAAAUAUCAUUCACGCACUCAAAAUAUUAACUAAUUUAAGAGGAAUCGGACCAGCAACAUCGUCUCUUCUCCUCUCUGUUCUCCGGCCCAAGGAAAUUCCGUUUUUCUCUGAUGAAUUGUUCCGCUGGUCAUGUUGGGAGUCUGAAGUCAAAGCCAAGGAAAGCGUGGGGUGGCAGAGAAAGAUCAAGUAUAAUUUCAAGGAAUAUGAAAUGAUGCUUGAUAGGGUAGAGAAGCUGAGGAUGAGGCUAGGCAAGAGUCCAGAUAACACUCCUGGAACAAUUGUGAGAGCGGUAGAUAUAGAAAAGGUGGCUUGGGUGCUUGGGAAAGAGGGAAAGGAUGUUGGGCCAGAAGAGGAGAAGGAGGAGAGCCAAGCUGGUGACGAUGAAAAGGCCCCCGUCAAAGAAGAAGAAACGCAAGAGACCAAGCCUGAUGAUACUAAAGACAGUAAAGAGGAAGUAACUAAGGGUCCAGCGAAGAAAGGCACAAAACGUAAAGCGGGUCUUGUCAAAACACCAGUUGAAAGCACACGCAAAAGCACCAGGACGAAGAAGUAACGGCCUACGCAGUUGCCUGUGGGCCCAGCUUCCUAGGUCACGCUAUGGUCGCAUGUUUACCUUCCAUUCGCCUCCACAAGUUCAGACUUGCGAAUUCAUAAGCCACUCUCUA